CUCCUACGUGGUCAAUUUACGUGUGCAAGGCGAAGAAGAGUGUCACUUGCUGGUUGAUCGUCGCAUCCGUUUCGACGGGUUUUUGUGUGUUUAUUGGUCUUUAUUACUGCGGCGGUGUUGCAAAAAUUGCAAAUAACCUUUUUUCCGUUGGAUCCUACGUGGAAGUUCCCAGGCAGUGGUUGGGUUCAAGCUAAAACUUGACAACCAGCAAAUUUCUCCAUCCGGCUUGAUAACGAGAUUCAUCGGCGAGGCAGUGCUUAACGCAGAAAAUUAGUUUCUGAAUUCAAGGUGUUAUCGUUAUCUGUCUUCUUUUGUCAGGCGUAUCAUAAUCAACUAAAGAUUGUGUGGAAACAAAACAUGCAAAUAUGGAUCUGUCUAUUUUCGUUGUAAUUAUUGUUGGGACCCUGCUUUCACUGCUAGGACUCCAUUUUUUCCUGUUGAAACCUUUAUCUGCAAAGUCCUAUGAAGAAAUGGUUAAAGAGAAACGGGAGCUACGCGAAAAAAUCCUAGGCGCUGCGAACGAAGGUGCAGGUGGUAUAAAAUCAUCAAAAGAGUCUUCCAACAAGAAGGUUAAAAAGGUCAAUAAAAAACCUCAACAACAACCACAAAAACAGAAAGCAAAAGAAGUUGAGCAGGACACUGCAGCAGUAGAAAGUGAUUCGAAUUCAUCCGAAAGCCCAAUGGAAGAGGAAAUCAAUCCACUAACAUAUGCUAAAAAGAAGAUUAAUACGAGUGUAGAAUAUGCUGAAACGGAAAGAUUUGCACUAAACGAAACUCAAGCAAAGAAAAAGGACAAUAAACCCAUGCAAGGAAAGAAAAAUAAACAAAAGAGUGGUAUCCUGCUUAACAAAACAGAACCUGUUUUAGUUAAGCCCGAUCCUGCUCCGGAAAUAAAUCACUUUGACGUGACUCAUCCAAAGGAUGCUAUUGAAAUUGCCCGUCAACAGAAGGAGCAGAAGGAGGAUGAUUCGAAAAACAAAACUCAACAAGCGAAGGAACAACGCAAGAACAAGAACAAGGAACAGCCCAAGUCGUUGCCAAAGACCAGUGCAGUAGAAGAAAUUCCCGUCAUCCCAGUUGCUGCUCCGGUUGUUGUAGCUGAAGUUUUGAAAACGGAUACGAAGCAAAACACAACCGCCGCACCAAGCAAAGAAAAAAAUAACAAAAAGAAGAAAAAUGAAAUUAUUACCAAGCAACUAGCUGCAGAGGUACAAGACGCAGCAAACGUUCAAGCACUGGUUCAAAUUUUGGCGAAGGCAGAUCUCCCUCGUAACGAUAUACAGAUAUUGAUUGAUUAUUUGCUUAAUAAGCAGCAAGAUACUCUGACAAAGGAUCCGUCCGAAUGGAAUGAUCCGUCCGAUCAGUUGCAAAAAAUUAAGAAGCAGUUACAAGACAAGGACAAUCAGCUACAGGAAGAACAAAAGUCUGUUGUAGGUCUGCAAGGAAAAUUGAAGGAACUCCGCCAGGAGUUAAACAAUGAAAAGGUGCUUCAUAGCUCUUUAGUUAAGGGUUAUAACGAAGAACUACACGCUAAGCGGGUAGAGUUACAAAAUCUCCAACAGCAGCUACAAAUUUUGUCCGAUAAAUUGAACGCUGAAAAACAAUCACUUUCGCAUCAAUACCAACAACUGCAUGCUAAAUUCGUGCAACUAUCUAAAGAACAUGCAACUGCGCAAGAAAAUAUGGCUUCUUUUCAACAGUUGAACGAAAACCAACAGAUGCUGCAGCGUGAACUGAUGACUAAGGGUCAGCUGUUGAAUGAAAAGUUGCAAAUCGAGGAGGAAUUGCUCAAGAAAAAUGCUGAAUACGAGAUGUUGCUCCGUAGUAAAGAUGAUUUGAUUCAGCAACGCGUGCAGGAUAUUGGCGCGUACGAGAGUGAGUUGCAGCAGCUGCGAGUUGUUGCCAACCAGAAGGAUGAGCUCGUGAAAACUUGUCAGCAGCAGAGCUACGAGUUAGAACAGCUUAAAGGACAAAUGGAUGAGCUGCAGGCAAAGCAAAAACAAGCUGCAGCUGCGGUAGCGGCCGCGGCAGUUGUCAAGAAUCAAGUCGAGGAAAACAACAAGGUGGAAAUCCGCAACCUCCAGAAUGCCUUAGAUUCAAGCAAAACAGAAUUGGUCGUGUGCCGCACCGAAAUUGUCGACUAUCGGUCCAAGCUGGCUGACCAUGAAAAGCAGCUGCAAGAGCUUCGCAGUCGCGAGGAAGACUUGCAACAGCAAAUCGAGGAGCAGAGAUCGAAAAACAAUGAUUUACGCAUGAAGAACUGGAAGCUGAUAGAAGCACUUCAAGUAGUUCAAAAUAACAGCACCAAAACAAGCACUAACACAAAUUCCGGUAUUAAGGUUGACCAGCUGGCACUCAGUAAAAAUUCUACAAAUCAUGUCGAUGAACCGCCAGUUGACAUCGACAAAGUUAUCCUGGAGGAACAAACAAGAACUAAGGAUCUCCUAAUAAAAUUGCUUCCAUCGGAGAUAGUUUCGUCACUGCCAUUGGAUGCAACCAACUUCCAAAGCUGGCUGGAGUCCACUGUCACCUGCAUUCGAGAACAGCAGGAUAAUCUUCGAAUUUCGAACGCCACCAACAGCAACAAUACUAGUAGCACCGAGGUGCAUAUCAACUGCAAUAACAAAAGCAACACUAGUAGGAGUAGUAAUAAUGCUAACAAUAAUAAUAAUAGUUUACUCGAAAGUCAUGACUCCGAUGUAGGAGGAGACGUAGAAGGCAGUAGCAGUAGCAAAAACGGUUCAGUCGAAGUAGAUCCGGCUGAUGAAUCGCAAGUUUUGGCAGUGAAAAACGAGCAGCUGCAAAAAACGGUAGAUCAGUAUAAGAUUAUUAUAGCAGAAACUGAAAAUAUGCUAAAAAAUUUAGAAUCAAAAGUGAUUGAACAGGACAUUCACUGGCGAUCAGUGGUGCAAGCAAAGGAGAAAGAAAUAAACCUGCUCAAAUCGGCCGGUGCAAUGCAGUAGUAGUUUGUUGUACUAGUGGCGCUAGGAAUAAUGGAGACAAGUCGAAGAAUGCGAAAGAUGGUGUGUAUGCGUAACAAUCACGAGUGUGCGUUGAGCUGACGAAAUGGCAAAGGCGAAACUUUUCAGUUGAAAGCAUAAAUGCAUGUACUCCGCCAUUGUUUGAGAUACUAGAGAGCGAAAACAACAUCGUUCAACGUUUAUCCGCAUGUGCGACACAACGGAAAAUCUAUCGGUGGAAGCAACGAAUGCAUCUGUUAGAGAACAAACAAAAAACUAUCAGUGCUAAAACAGAACAAAAAUUGUGUGCUCAUCAAUAUGCACUUUUUGUAAAAGUAUUCAUCAUUUCAUCCUUCGAUUAUAUUCUUUAUUGGACAUAACUAGCAAAAUAGCAAGUAUGAAAUAUAAAAAGCAAAGUAACGUUGUUAUCAAUACUUCCCCCCAAACAAUCUCCAAUUUACAGUUUGGUUAAGGCAUCUCUAUUUCGGCUGUUAGACGAAAGGAGAUGGUAACUAUUAUUAAACCUUUGUCGAACAAUGGUCAUCGAAGAAAGGUGUUAAAUGCAGGACAAAUAAUGUGAAUUUUUGAUUUGGGUUUAUAUUAGAAUCAAUGAUACGGCAUAAUUAGUUGCAUUAUAUACUAAAUUGCAUUUUUUCUCGUUCGAAACUACUUAUUAUUCGGUGAUGCUAAAAUAUACAAAUGCAUUUGCGUUCAAAAAAUAUUAGCUUCAUUGUUAGUUUUAUUUUUUCAUCAAAACAGAUUAAAAAAUUGUAUAAUAAGUCAGACUCAGAUCUAUAUAUGUACUCCUCUGAUGUUAGGAAGCAAGCGUGGAAGAGCUUGUUUUCUUUGCUUUUCAAGUGAUGAAUGCAUUUUUCGGGCGGUAUGAUAAAUUGAUUAAAAAAAAAAAACAGGUAACAGUCAACUCAUCACGUCAUUUCUCAGUUUCUACAUCAAAUGGAAUUAUUAGAUACCUUCUUCGUAAAGUUAAAUCGUAACAUGCAAUUGAUUUCGACACACGCUUAGUACUGACUGAUGAAUCGAGAGGGCAAUCCACGCGUAGUCGCAAGUUCCAGUAUAAAGCAAGGAAACAAAAUAUACGAGAUCAAAUGUGUCCUGAUAUUUACUUGCUAUAUUUUUAAGUAACGUCUAAGCGAAAUUCUCAAACAAGCAAUCAAACACCACUUAUGUUUAUUCCGUACCGCAGAAGCAGCGAAAGAAUAUCUGAAGUACUACACUAUCUUAUUAUUAACCCUAAUAUACGUUGUAAGUAAAUCGUUAACCUUAUUUGUGCAUUGUUCUUUAUAUUCUAUGUUUAUAUCGAGACUCGCUCAUGAAGUAAAAGUUUAAAUCGGCGUUUCUUAUACAAUUCUCUGAAAAAAAAAAAAACAGUUGAAGAAAAUGUUGAUACUGACACAAAUGCAAACUCACCUAUAAACUUAAACAACGUAGGCAUAAAUUGCUAUCGUGAAAACCGAUCUGCUUACCAAACGCAGUAAACGUCAUUGAAAAGACACGUGAGAAAUAUUUUUAUAUAUAAAAUGGAAAAUGCAUAUAAAAAAAAAACUAGAUAUAUACAUAUAUACCUUUUCUUCCAGGAGAAAAUAAUAAUUAAUUACAGCGAACGAAACUACACUAACCGUGCAGAGCGUAACAUGCAUAGUAGCGUGAAAAACAGGUACAAAGGUUGAAAAGCCUUUUCGGUUGACCUAACGAGUGAAAUAAUUGGAUUCUGUUUUUCGACUAUGAACAAUGGUAAUGCAUAAAGCGCUGAUUGCAACAAACUAGUACUAUUUGAGAAAGGCUAGGCUGAGAAAGAGAAACAAAUGAAAAUUAACGGAAGUCCCAAUGGAAUAAAUUCUAAUGCAAACUAAUAA